AUGGACCCCAUGUUUAUGUUUAACUCCCCCAUUAUUGGUGCUCUCGCUCCAUUCAAGCAUUUCUUCCCUCGCGAUCUGAUUCCAAUCACCAUCUUCGGUUUCAUGAAGAUCAUCCCCGCUCUCUCUCUCCACGGCACGCCAUUCACGCUCACUCUGAUUUCCCGUCGCAGCAUUUACCGUAACGGUCGUCGCUUCAACACGCGAGGCAUCGACUCCGAAGGCCAUGUGGCGAACUUCGUGGAAACCGAGCAGAUCGUCGCUACCGACUCCGGCAUCGUUUCUUCUUUCGUUCAGAUCCGUGGUAGCAUUCCUCUGCAGUGGACGCAGAAUCCGUACAUGAAAUACAACCCCAAAAUCCUCGUGGACGAUGACCACUCGCUUCUGAGCGUCCAUUUCGAUCAUCUGGUUCAGAAGUACGGCCGCGUGAUCGUGGUGAAUCUCAUCGACAAGAAGAAGGACCAGCUGAUGAUCGGAGAGGCGUUUGAAACGGCUUGCAAGGACGACGAGAACGCAGCGAAGCUGGACUAUUUCUGGUUCGAUUUCCACGCGGAGUGCAAGAACAUGCACUACGAAAACAUCGCGAAGUUGGUGGAGAUGACCGAGACGCCGGUGAAGCAAGGAGAGUGGGCGUUGCACGGUUCUUGCAAGUAG